CAGAAACUCAAUAGAAAAAAAAUAGGUUUAUAAAUAUAUUAUACGAUUAGAAUCAAAAGCAGUUUCGCUCCCUUGUAAUCUGCUUUAUUGGAUGAAAAAUCAAACGAGGAAAUGGAAAAAUCGAUAAUCCUCGCAGACUCGAUUGUAUCGGACUCAAAAAGAAUUGCUACGUUGCUGGAAGGAGCUCGUAAGAACGACAAGGAGCCAAGGACGAGGACUAAAGUUGACGAAGAAGACGAAGACAUUCAAAGACAAAAGGCCGAUUGUUCAAAAUGCAGAGGUGAUGAGGGAGAUUGCAAAAUUCCGCAUAUCGAAGAUCUCUGCAGUGUUGACAAGAGCCGAAUAUCCCAGCUAAUUUCGCAUCUUACAAAAUGUACGCAAGAAAAAAAUGAAGCCCAGUCUGCACUGGCUGUUCUCCAAGCAGAAAACGAAGUCUUAAAAAAUCGGUAUGAAUUUUACUGCAAUCAAAGUGAAGGAGAGAAAACACAGUUAAAAUUACAGUUAUCAGAAAAAACUUCGGAAUUCAGUAAACUACGCCAAAGAACCUCACACUACUUGGAUCUUCUUAGCAAGCAAAUAGGACUUCAAGAAAAAGAAUUUUCUAAAAUCGCGGAAACAGUUAAAAAUCUCCUUCGAGAAAAGAUUUUUCUGCAGAACUCUUUAAUUGAAAAGGAUAUGAGGGUAAGAGUCGCAGAGGCCCAAAUCGAAAGAAUGAAGGAGAAAGCAGAAAUGGAGAAACUGUUUUCCCUCAAAGAACAAACUAAGAAUAUUUCAACCCAACUUGCCGAUCAAGCAUGCCAGACUAUCGAGGACUGGGAGGAUGUGAGCUUGAAGCCAAUUAGCUCCUAUUCUGAGACGGGGUUGCUGAGUUCAGAAAAACAUUCCAGGCUGGAUUUUUUUCAAAAUACGAGACAAGUUCAACGUCCCAAAAGCGUCAAUGAUUUGGAAGAGCCUUCCACUGAUGGAAACAUGAUACGAGAUCUAUUUUUUAAGUGUCCCAAUAUCAGCGACAGCGAAACUUUACAAAUACAACCUCUAUCUACAUUUUAUCAAUAAUAUAAUAUACUUAAAUCUAAAUCUUUUUCUCCAGGAAAAAAAUGUGUAUCUAGAGA